AUGGCUGAGAAGAUCAAGAGCUACAGGACUGCUCCCUUCGACGGCAGGUUCCCCAACACCAACCAGACCCGCAACUGUUUCCAGAACUACCUGGACUUUCAUAGGUGCAACAAGGCCCUGUCAGCCAAAGACCAGGAUGUGGCUCCCUGUGAUUGGUACCAGAGGGUUUACAAGAGUCUGUGUCCCAUGAGCUGGGUCGGCAAAUGGGACGAGCAGAUAAAGAAUGGAAGUUUCCCAGGGAAGAUCUAAAAUCAUCAGGACAGUCCACUGCAGGACAUUCUGUUACUCUCACCUUUAUCUCUGUAGAGUGCCUAAGGACAUCUUCAAACAGCUUUCACAUUGUCAUCAACAUUGAUGUCAUUAACCUUAUUAACUUAAACACGCACAACUUUUUACCCUUCAUGUUAAGGUCUGAAGUUUUUUUUUCCUGUCUCUAUUGUGAACUACUCUUCAGCAGUGCAGAUUUAAUUAAAAUGAUGUUGUU